CGCAAUUAUUAUGCUUCCAGAACAUCAGUGCUAAACCCCAGCUCCACCCCCAGAUCCGCAAUAUCAAAUCCUCCAGAACCGCCAACCCAUGGGCGCCUCAUCCUCCAAGCCCGCGAGAUCCGCCGCCCAGGCUGUCUCGCGGCGCCAAUACCCAAAACAACCCGUUUCUCCUCCGACCUCCUCCCCAGCACAACCACCACCAGCAUCUAAACCCACAAGACAGCAACGACAACAGCCACAACCACAACCACCGCGACAACCGUCGCGAGCACCCCCCACAGGGCCAACAUACCAUUCCAAAGAACCUCCCUCUCUCGAGCGCUCAUCAGCAAUCGACCUCGACGGCCGCGACCCUGACUUCGCCGCACAGCUUCGCACCAUCGGCCCCGUGACUCCUAACCCGACCUUCUCCCACACUAGCACCUUUGCGCGCCAACAACCCGCGCCUACCGUCUUCCCGCCCGCAUCUAACCCGGCGUUACUGGUUUUCUCGGCGCGGCAGCGCCUCACCAAGGCCGCGGAGCAGGAGUUCGAGGCGAUGGGAAAAUCGGGGUUCCAGGGCAGGGAGUUUGUUGAUGCGUUUACCAUUCGGCAGGUCUUGUCGAUGAGGGAUAGGCAGGGAUUGUCGGCGGAGGAGAUUGAGAGGCUGUUGAGGUUGAAGAGUGGUGUUGUGGGGAGAUUGGGGGAGAGGGGCGUGGUUGGGGAUAUUGGCUGA